GUGUUCAGUUCAAGUGGACUUCGAGGGAGCGCAGCAUCGUCUCCUUCUCUCUCUCUGUGUCUCUCUCUCUCUCUCGCGGGCGCGUCGCCUGUGGUUCGAUCGACCUCGUGCCUCCUGUUCACCCCGACAUCUCCCUCUCUCUCCCUCUCUGUGUCUCGGUCUCUCUCUCUCACACGGAUACUGUGGUGGAAGGGAAAAACAAAAUCCGUUUAUGGUCCUGGCUGAAGAUCUCACGAUGUCUCGCACCGACGAGGUUCACCGCUUGACGGAAAAUGUCUACAAGACCAUCAUGGAGCAGUUCAACCCCUGCUUACGGAACUUUGUUGCCAUGGGGAAGAACUAUGAGAAGGCCCUCGCCAGUGUGACAUUUGCCGCCAAAGGCUACUUUGAUGCUCUGGUCAGAAUGGGCGAACUGGCCAGUGAGAGUCAAGGAUCCAAAGAUUUGGGGGAUGUGCUGUUCCAGAUGGCUGAGGUCCACAGACAGAUCCAAGUGCAGCUCGAGGAGAUGUUGAAAUCCUUCCACAACGAGCUGCUCUCGGAGCUGGAGAAGAAGGUGGAUCUGGAUAGUCGCUAUCUGACUGCUGCCCUCAAGAAAUACCAGGUGGAACACAAGAGCAAAGGGGAGAGUCUGGAGAAGUGCCAGGCUGAACUGAAGAAGCUGCGCAGAAAGAGCCAGGGCAGCAAGAACCCCUCCAAGUACGGAGAGAAGGAGAUGCAGUUUGUGGAGACCAUCAGCAGCAAGCAGACUGAGCUGGACACCUUCAUCGCAGAGGGAUACAAGACGGCCUUGUCCGAGGAGCGCCGCAGGUACUGCUUCCUGGUGGACCGUCAGUGUGCCGUGGCCAAGAACAGCAGUGCCUACCACGGCAAGGGUAAAGACCUUCUGACCCAGAAGAUACCAGUGUGGCAACAGGCCUGUUCAGACCCCAACAAGCUGCCAGAGAGGGCCAUGCUCCUGGCCCAGCAGAUGGGCUCCGCCUCUCUCGGAGGCACAAGCCCCCUGCAUACCUCCAAGUCCAACCUGGUCAUCUCGGACCCCAUCCCUGGAGCCCAGCCACUUCCGGUGCCCCCAGAGCUGGCCGUCUUCAUGGGCAGUGGCCUCGGACACCCAGCGAGGCUGAUUGGCCCUGACGGUCUGUCCAUGGUCAACGGGACAACAGGAGUCCACGGAGAGGAAUACUGGACAGAUGGGGGGACUAUUUCCGUGUCUCAAAUCAGGCCUUCGUCCCCUCAGACCCAGGCGCAGGGCCAGUCCCAGUCCGUGCCUCAGAGACAGGUCAGCGAUGUCUACUCCAACACCCUCCCUGUGCGCAGGCCUGCCCCAGCCAAAAAUAAGAAUCCUGUGGGUGAGACACGGACCCUACCCAGAUCCAGUUCGAUGGCAGCGGGCCUUGAAAAGAACGGCCGAGCCCGCGUCCAGGCCAUCUUCUCCCACGCCGCAGGGGACAACGGCACCCUCCUCAGCUUUUCCGAGGGCGAUGUCAUUACCCUGCUAGUGCCCGAAGCCCGCGACGGCUGGCACUACGGAGAGAAUGAGAAAAACAAGAUGCGUGGCUGGUUCCCAUUCUCCUACACACGUGUGCUGCCUGAAAGCGACAGCGAGAAGCUCAAAGUGAAUUUGCACCAUGGGAAAAGUAGCAGCACAGGGAACCUGUUGGAGAACGAUGGAUCGAUCCCCACCCCGGACUACGGCCUGACUGCCCGACUGCUGGCACAGAGCCUCGCACAGACUCGCCCACGCCCCUACAGCAUGGCAGGCUUUGGCACACAGCCUGCUAUUGAGGAUUACGACGGCCGCUUUGCCACAAGUUUGGGUCCAGAAUUGUCCCGGUUCUGAAGGGAACAGGACCUCCUGACCGUUCCAUGGAGGUCUACCUCCGGCCCACCUUCACCGAUGACCGAUCUGCACCCAUCUUCUACUAGCGGCCUGCUGUCUCCCUUUUUUCAUAAGGGGAGAAAGAAAAUGGCCAACGCUGGCAUAUUUAAGUUGUGUGAUUGGGGGUAAAAAAAAAAAAGGAAAAAAGAAAAUCACCUCACCGGCCAUUUUACUCUACUAAGAACCUGGUUUAUUUGCUGUUUAUUUUUUCAGAGAAUUCUCAGUCGAUUCCCGCGAUGUUUUUUGCAAACGCUCCCACAAACACUGAAUGUCUCAGCCUUGAACAUUCAAGCGCAAGUGUGGCAGUGGAUUUUAUUAGUUCUUUAGAUCACAUCAGUUGUGGAUAAGGUACGGCUAAUAGGUUUUUACUAGUGAUGCUGUCACAUUUAUUAUUUAUCUGCACUUCUACUAUGGGAUUUCUUUUUUUUUUUUUUGAACACUACACUGUAAAUUAUGUUUGAUGAUUAUGUAAUGGAGGCACACUCGGCAUUAGUUGUUUUAAGCGAGGCUUGAGGGCGAAUGUAAGAUGGUCGGUUACAGUUUUCAGUGAAUCACUGUAAUAUGCUCUGAAGACACAAAGUGUAGACUGGAUACUACCACAGAAAGCUAGAACUAGACAGUUGCUGAGUAAACUGCAAUUCUGCUUUUGUUAAGUGAUAUAGUACUAAAUAUUUACUAGUUGUGAUACAGUAUACCCAGAUGUGGGAACUGUGCCUUCAACUUUUCUUUUUCUUUUUGUAAACGUAGGCUCCACGCAGCAUUGGCCCCAUCAUUCUGGAAACUGGGAUGAUUUCCCCUUAUUGUUUGCUUGUAAUGUCACUUUUUUUUAAUGUAUAUUUAGCUUUGAGGGAGUGGUAGCUUAUCAAAUAAGGUACAGUAUUAUCAUAGCUUUUGAUCACUCUCAGUAUUAUACACUAAUCUGAGAGAGGAGCUUAAGGCAGAGGAAUUCAUGCAUGUAUGUUGGGAUCAUUGUAUGUGGUGGCAAAGCAAGAAUGUAUGGAUGUGAGCAGCGAGCUAAAAUUCCUCUUAGCCUGCAAUAAUUCAACAGUUAAAUCACGAAAAAAUCAAACGUCCAUGGAUGAGUCCUUCACAGUGAGCGAUGUGAUCACGCUUCUAUUACACCGCUCAUUCGGGAAACAAGUUUCCAAUGCAUUUUUUUUUUUUUUACUUUUAUAUAGCUUUCUGUUCGUCCAUUUCUCACCGUUGUCCCGGUUUGCAUUAUAUCUGUUACUGUACAGAAAGUGCAUAUAAAUGAUCCUGUCCAAGAAUAAAUCUAAAUGGGCACAAACGUCA